CGUACUGAGCUGUGUGCUGGCAGGGGAAAACCGAUCGUGGCAGAGCAGAGAUGUAGUGUAGCUCGCUGGGACUUCUUGGCCAGCCGUCUGUCACUUUUACCGUGGAUCAUUUCUCUGACAUUACCGCGGAAUGGGAACAGCUGGAUUUAUUUUUUUGCACAACUACAUUGCAUGAAUGUGUCGCGUAAUGCGACCGAGAAGAGCUGCCUUCGGGGGGAAAUAUUUAUGGUUCGGGACGGUUUUGUUAGAGUAGCUAGUUGCUAGCGCUGGCUAGCGACUGUUCUGGCUACUUGGAUCGCAUUUUGCAAGGAUGCUACGGUGGAUACGACAGCAGCUGGGCUUUGACCCCCCACAUCAGAGCGAGACCAGGACGAUUUAUGUAGCAAACCGUUUCCCCCAGCAUGGCCACUACGUACCACCACGCUUUGCUGACAACAGAAUCAUCUCAUCCAAGUACACAAUUUGGAAUUUUGUCCCUAAGAAUCUGUUCGAGCAGUUCAGGAGAAUAGCCAACUUCUAUUUUCUCAUUAUCUUCCUUGUACAGUUAAUGAUAGACACCCCGACAUCCCCCGUCACCAGCGGUCUUCCUCUCUUCUUUGUGAUCACAGUAACUGCCAUAAAACAGGGCUACGAGGAUUGGCUGAGACACAAGGCUGACAACGAGGUGAACGGGGCUCCAGUGUUUGUGGUCCGCAGUGGAAGUCUGGUCCAGACAAGAUCCAAGAACAUCAGGGUGGGGGACAUUGUACGUGUGGCAAAAGAUGAGACGUUCCCGGUCGACCUGGUGUUGCUGUCGUCAGACCGUGCAGAUGGCACCUGUCACAUCACCACAGCCAGCCUCGAUGGGGAGACUAACCUGAAGACCCACUACUCUGUGGCGGAGACAUCAGUGUGUCAGUCAGUGUCCCGACUGGAGGCCCUGCAGGCUGUGGUGGAGUGUCAACAACCGGAAGCUGACUUGUACAGGUUUGUGGGUCGGAUUACAGUGACUCAGCAAGGAGAGGAGAUAGUCAGACCGCUGGGUCCAGAAAACUUGCUUCUGAGAGGAGCCAGGCUGAAAAAUACCAAAGAGAUUUUCGGUGUGGCGGUUUACACAGGGAUGGAGUCCAAGAUGGCCCUCAACUAUAAGUGCAAGUCCCAGAAACGCUCUGCAGUAGAGAAGUCCAUGAACACCUUCCUAAUCAUCUACCUGGUCAUCUUGCUGUUCGAGGCCAUCCUCAGCACCAUCCUGAAGUAUGCCUGGCAGGCUGAGGAAAAAUGGGACGAGCCUUUCUACAACCAAAAGACUGAACAAGAGAGAAACAGCAGUCCGAUCUUGAAGUUCAUCUCAGACUUCUUGGCAUUUAUGGUCCUCUAUAACUUCAUCAUCCCCAUCUCGCUCUACGUUACCGUGGAGAUGCAGAAGUUCCUGGGCUCCUUUUUCAUUGGCUGGGAUUUGGACCUUUACCACGAAGAGAGUGACCAGAAAGCUCAGGUCAACACUUCUGACCUUAAUGAGGAGCUGGGGCAGGUGGAGUAUGUGUUUACUGAUAAGACGGGUACGCUGACGGAAAACGAGAUGCAGUUCCGCGAGUGUUCAAUUAACGGAAUCAAGUACCGUGAAGUUAACGGCAAACUUGUACCAGAGGGACUGACCGACAACUCACCUGAUGGUUCUACACCUCACCUGACUGGUGAGGAAUUGUUAUUUCUCAAGGCGGUAUCAUUGUGUCACACGGUUCAGAUCAGCUACGAUCAGCCAGACUGCCUGGUCGGAGGAGGAGACCCGUUCUCCCACGCUAACGGUUUCUCCUCCAACCACAUGGAAUACUACGCCUCUUCACCCGAUGAGAAAGCAUUGGUAGAGGCAGCAAAGAGAAUUGGAGUGGCCUUCACAUGCUGCAGCGGAGAUACCAUGGAAAUCAAAACAUUCGGCAAGUCAGAGAAGUACAAACUGCUCCAUGUGUUAGAAUUUGAUGCUGAUCGCAGGAGGAUGAGCGUCAUACUACAGAAUCCCUCAGGGGGCAAAGUGCUGUUCACCAAGGGAGCAGAGUCAGCCAUCUUGCCUUUCACUACCAGCGGUGAGAUUGAAAAGACGAGACUGCACGUAGACGAGUUCGCCUUGAAAGGUUUGCGGACCCUGGUGGUAGCAUGUCGCCACUUCAGCCCAGAGGAGUACAUUGAUGUGGACAGGCGUCUGAACAGUGCCCGCACCGCGCUGCAGCAGAGAGAGGAGAAACUGCAGGAGGCCUUCAGCUACAUAGAGAGAGACCUGCAGCUUUUGGGAGCAACGGGGGUGGAGGACAAACUCCAAGACAAAGUCCAGGAAACCAUUGAAGCUCUGCGGCUGGCAGGAAUUAAAGUAUGGGUGCUGACGGGGGACAAACAUGAGACGGCGGUCAGCGUCAGCCUGUCCUGUGGUCACUUCCACAGAACCAUGAACAUCCUGGAGCUCCUGCAGCAGCGUUCUGACAAUGAGUGUGCCGAGCAACUCCGCAGACUGGCCAGGAGGAUAAAGGAGGACCAUGUCAUACAGCAUGGGUUGGUUGUGGAUGGGGCCAGUUUGUCUUUGGCGUUGAGGGAACAUGAGAAGCUUUUUAUGGAAGUGUGUAAAAAUUGUUCAGCUGUGCUGUGCUGCCGCAUGGCCCCACUGCAGAAAGCGAAGGUGGUGCGUCUUUUAAAAACAUCUCCAGAGAAACCCAUCACCUUAGCUAUCGGGGAUGGAGCCAACGAUGUCAGUAUGAUACAAGAAGCCCACGUGGGCAUAGGUAUCAUGGGGAAGGAGGGUCGUCAGGCCGUGAGGAACAGUGACUAUGCAAUUGCCAGAUUUAAGUUCCUGGCUAAACUACUGCUGGUCCACGGUCACUUCUACUACAUUCGAAUAUCUACGCUUGUACAGUACUUUUUCUACAAGAAUGUGUGUUUUAUCACGCCCCAGUUUUUAUACCAGUUCUUCUGUCUGUUUUCACAACAAACUCUGUAUGACAGUGUUUAUCUGACGCUGUACAACAUCUGCUUCACCUCGCUGCCCAUCCUGGUGUACAGUCUCUUUGAACAGCUGGUCCAUCCACACGUUCUGCAGAAUAAACCAGGCCUGUACAGAGACAUCAGCAAGAACUCUCUGCUGUCUUUCUGGACGUUCCUGUACUGGACUCUGUUGGGCUUCUGUCACGCCUUUGUCUUCUUCUUCGGAUCCUACAUACUGAUGGGAGAAGACACCACGCUUAUGGGCAACGGGCAGAUGUUUGGGAACUGGACCUUUGGAACGCUGGUCUUUACUGUCAUGGUCAUCACUGUCACAUUAAAGCUUGCGUUAGAGACUCAUUUCUGGACAUGGAUGAACCAUUUUGUGACGUGGGGCUCGAUCGCUUUCUACUUCAUCUUCUCUCUCUUCUAUGGAGGCAUCAUCUGGCCGUUCCUCCACACCCAGGACAUGUACUUCGUCUUCGUGCAGCUGCUGUCAAGCGGCUCGGCCUGGUUCGCCAUCAUCAUCAUCGUCAUAACUUGCCUGUUUCCCGACAUGGUGAAGAAGGUCUUCUACCGACAUCUGCAGCCCACCAGCACACAGAAGAGUCAGUCUCUAUCAGCCACCCAGACGCAGGCCCUCAGCUGUAUGGAGUCCCUGUGCUGCUACCAACAUGGGCAGAGCGGCUGUUCCCGCUUGGCCCACCUCCUGGAGCAAAUGACCGGGCAGUGCCGGGCCAGCGCCAACCAUUGCCAUGCGUCGAGCAACAGGUCUUGGAGCGACACAGAGAACUUCUACUCCAACGAUCGUAGCAUCCUGACGCUGUCGCCCAUCGAGGCCACCCACUGCUGAAUCCCAGGGCAACUGACUGUAACACGCACAGAGCCGGGGAAAGCUGCUACUUCCGCUAUGAGUCAUAAUCACAACCCCGAAGCCCCCCACCCCCACCCCCCGCCACCAUUUUAUAAACCUUCUUUACUUAAAACUCAAUGCAUUCUCAGCUGGAUGCAAAGCUGACUUAAACAGCUGUCGCAUCAUAUGAAACCAAAGGACUCAGGCUCAGUGCUGCGGGUUUGCUUUAUCCUUCAGCAAUUCGUGUCCCAGAGUGAAUAAAUUCUUGUCAGAAAAGUCGAGGACAUGUAAUGAGAGCUGCGACAUGAGGAGAAAUGAAACGCGUAGUGCGGAGCCAGUUAGCGCGGCAUGAAGCAGACAUCUGUGGAGCCGCUACUACUGUAGAGAGAUCCGGAUCUUUCAGCAUCAAAUGAUCAGACGUCUGCUGCAGUUAUCUAAGAACAUCUUAUUCAAGUUCAGUACCUUUUACAAGCGUCUUUAAAGAAGAUAUUAGACACACACUGUGCUCUGAGAUCAGCCCCGGUACAUGAACUUGCAGCUAUUUUUCAUUUUCAGUACAGUUGCCAAACUUAUUUUUUCUUGCAACUGGUGUUAAACCGACUGUAGGUCUUUCAUAUCCGUAGACACCGAAUCUGAACGCAGAUUCCUGACUGUCUGGUCUUUUUGCUGUAGCUAACGUCAGGAGUCAGUCCCGCUCGAAGUAUCGCAGCCCGAGGACUGCCGCCUAACCGAGCUGGUUCCGACACCUGAACACAGGACUGAGUUUGUUUGUAGACACCAGCUACCAAGACUUUCAAUGUAGCACCGAGACAGAAGCUCAGCGACAUUAAGACUACAUCUCAGAGGCUCUCAGCUAAGGCCUUCCAUCACGUCGCUUCCAUAAAACUACAAUCUUUUCUGCUACAGACCUCCUCCAACCCUGCAUAUCUCUGAGCUGUCAGCCCCGCUGCACCUUCAUUUCUCAUUCAAGACGGAAAGGGAAAAAAAAGCUCGACCACCCACAGUCCUGUAGCAUCCAGAACCCUGCUGCUGAUCCAGCACGGCUCUGCAAAUGUUUGUUUUUUUUUUCCUCCUUCAGACCUACAGUACUCCCAGAGAUACUGUAUGUGGAGCUUCAUCUCUACCGUGGUACCAAAGACCAAAGGAUUCAGACUGGAGAUUAAAAGAUGUAUUUUUGUGCCUGAUUGUACAGAAGCUUAUAUUGUUGUUUAGACUAAUUAUCAUUGUUCGCGCUGCUUUCUCGUCUGACUGUUCAGGCCUCUGUCUCCCCUGGUGUGUCGCUCUGAAAGGAGGCCGGACAGGGUCUGUUUAUAAAGCCAUACAUUUUCAAGAAGUUAUAUUAUUGAUAGAUUAUUGAAGGUACUGUAAAUAGAAGCUGUUUGAGCCCGUUGUUACUUUGUGUACCCCUUGAAUGCCUUUUUUUCACUCAGCCGAGUCACUAAAAGCAUCUCAGCGUUAAAGGCCGCUGAUGCUCAGGGAAUAUUUUGAGGUAAUGAAAGCUGAAAAAUUGGACCUAAUCAGGUUUAAUAACAUCAAUGUGAACAGAAAACCGAGGUAGAAUCAUCCAUCUCAGUUGCCUAAAAAUAUUUCCUGUCUAUCUAAUCAGAUAAUGGUACAAUUAUUUUAUUUCAGUGAGACAAAAAUGGCUUUUAAUGGCUAGAUGCUUUUUGUGAAUCACGGCUGAUGCAUGUCGACCCAGACAGCAGAAUGUUUCUAUCUUUAGAGAUAAAUAUUAUCAGACAAAUACGGUUCAGCUUCAAGAGACAAAAAGAAAAGCAGAGAGUUUGCACAAGUCACAUAUCAAAAAAAAUCACUUUUUUUUUUGUUUUUUUGUUUCUCAAAUCAUUGUCACCAUCGAAACCAUGUGAACCAUGUUUUUGCUGUUACGUUGUUCUUGCCAUGUGUGUUUCUAUCCACCUGUUGAUGAAGUGUGUGUGUGUGUGUGUUGGUGUGUUUCUCUGUAUGGCAGCCACGUAGGUUAAUAAUGGCGGUACAGACAGUACGUAGUUUCGUUGUGAGUUUCUGUUGCCCGCAGGUCAGUUUUCUUCUUUAAAUACUUGGUACGCUCCUUCUUCUUCCAAAAAAAAGUCAACAGAGUUGAUCUGAGGAAGAUUUGUUACGGUUCUUAUUUUUUUUGAGUUGUGGGGCAUUUAGGAGACUCCAGAAGGUGACUGACAGCUGACAGAAGUUUAGGUAGAAACCCUUUAAGACAACCGUUUUAAACUUGACAUCAACCACCACUCCACCGGUACAUGCCUCAGCUCACACGGGGAACACAAAGAGUCAUAGGAUGUUUCUGUUUCUACGGUUACAGUUUGAAGAUCUAAUCGGUGUCCCUCAGCAGCUUGAAAUCAGUCAGUAAUAUUCCUGUCAUGUGUUGAUUAUUCUUGAUGUUUAUUUUCAAAAUGGUACAGCUGUUUGAUGCAAACCUGGGCCUGUUAUAUCCUCUCUGUUCUCACAGGUGCAACUGAUGAUGACAUUGUCUAUUACUGCGGUACUUUUUUUUUUUUCCCCCCCUGCUAUAAUAUGUUAUACAUUUCUUACAUAUCAAUAUAUCAUUGUGUCCUGUAAAUGGCCUGAAUGCAGCCAUGAGGUUUGAUAUCCAUUUAGCUAUUUUUUGUUUGUUUGUUUGAGCUGAAAGAAGGCCUGAAACAAACACGAUGUCAUUAUGUUACAACAACCCAGCAGAUAACGAUCAUAUCAUCACACUGUUGUUGGAAACCCAAAUCAUCAGUUGCUCGUAAGCUCCUUACACCGCAGUCACACAGGAAUUUGUAACCAUUUGACCUCAUAUCUACUAUUAAAAUUCCUACUUGGAUACACCUGUGAUAUGUACUUGAAUUAAGAAAACUCCAUCAGUUUUAUAUAAGGUACAGUUUAAAGGUCAGUUUAAAGCUUUAUAAUAAAGUUUGAGAAAGUAACCCUGGUGAUGUGACAGAUGUCACUUUGACAUUAAACCUUUAUUAUUAAUUUAGUUCAUGGACUUUGAAAGAUAAGGGCAUUUAGGCAGUGAAGGUCUUAUAAAAGAUGCUGUUGAGUUGCAUCAUGGGAACUGUAGGAUCAGCAUUGUUGGAGCUUGACUCAUACCAGAGACUAAGUCGGGAUAUCAGGGCGCCUGCUGCUUUAAUUUUGAAGUCCCCCAACUUUAUGGAAGUGCAAUACUAAAUCCAGGAGUACCUCUUUAAUUCCUUGAAGAAAUUGUCAAACUUGAUGCAGCAGAAGCUGAAACAGACUGACUGUAAGUCCUUAAUAUGGGUCAAAAACACUGAUCCUACAAUUCCCAUAAUGCAGUUCAGCGCUGUCUUUCGUAAGACCAUCCAUGCCUGGUUACUCCACAGUACUUUCUGUUAAUCAUUUUAACACUCGAGCCCAAGCUGAUUAUGACCCUGAUGACAUCACUAAGGUUAUUGUUUCAAAUCUCCUCCAGAGCCUCAAAUUACAUUAUACAGCUAUAAAAUGAAUAACUUGAUAUUUAUGGGAUGUUGAUACAUUUUAUGAAACGGCAACAAAUAGUUCAAACUGAUUGUAAGUAUUUUACUUCUUCACUUGUGCUCACAGACCCAAAAUGUUUAUUGUGACAUAAGUAAAGCCUACAAAUAGAUACUAACAAAAUGUAUAGACCCAGCCUGUUUAUAAAGAUAACACAAGUAUGAGACAAGUACUAAUGACGUGCUAAAAAAAAAUCACUCACCGAGUUAAAAAUACAACAAAAUACCUAGAAAAAAACUAAUAAAUCAUAACGGAGGACAAAGAUAUCAAUGAAAACUUUCACAUUUUAGCAAUUUUUGUUUCAAAAUGUCCUUUUUCCAAAGUCUGUUGUAAGACUUGGUGAUGAAAAGACUUUUUUUUAAAAACCUUUGGAAUGAAAGUUUAGCUGCAAUAAACUCUAAUGAGCUAAGUUUAAAAACGUUAAAGGAUCGAUUCACAAUUUCAUGAUCAUAUAUUGAUCAUUUUGAACAUUUCGGGUCUGUGCUGAUAGUGAAAACUAGAAGUACCAUCCAGUCAGUUUCAAUUCAAAGCAGACAAUAAAAAACCACAUAUAUAAUACACACAUGUAAAUGCAGUUCUGUAAUUGCACUUUAUCCAGACUGUCUAUCCAGGUGCAGAUAUAUAUUUUUCAGUAUCAAAUGUAAUUGAGGCCCAAGUGGCACGAGAGUUAUCUUUUUACUGCUGUUAUACAGUAUAUGCAGAAAACAGAUGCUAUGUUGUUUUUUUGUUUUGUUUUUUUUCUCCUUUGUGAUGUAAAUAACCAGGACCUGGUUCUCCAAAAGCAUCACGGCACUGACGUCACCUGAACUCCGUUACGAGUGAGCCGUGGGGGGGGUUUGGAUACGAGGGGUAUUUCUAGAAGCAGGAGA